AUGGCCCGUACCAAGCAGACUGCUCGUAAGUCCACCGGAGGCAAGGCUCCUCGCAAGCAGCUGGCCACAAAGGCUGCCCGGAAGUCAGCUCCGGCGACCGGAGGGGUGAAGAAGCCUCACCGUUUCAGGCCAGGAACUGUGGCCCUGAGGGAGAUCAGAAAGUACCAGAAGAGCACUGAGCUAUUGAUCCGCAAGCUUCCGUUUCAGAGGCUUGUGAGGGAGAUUGCUCAGGACUUCAAGACCGAUCUCCGGUUCCAGAGCAGCGCCGUGGCGGCGCUGCAAGAGGCGGCGGAGGCCUACUUGGUGGGUCUGUUUGAGGACACCAACCUCUGCGCCAUUCACGCUAAGAGGGUCACCAUUAUGCCCAAGGACAUUCAGCUUGCUCGUAGGAUCAGAGGCGAGAGGGCUUAG